UUUUUUUCCUAAAAGCCCAAACACCUUCAGUCUAAGGGCUGGGGCUGAGGGAGAGAGGAGCAGGAGGGCCCAGUUUGGCUCUAAAGAAAAAACAGUACUGUUUUGCACUUAUGGCUUUGUUGUAGUAACUGAAAUUACCAACAACAACUCCGUCCUUUUUCUGUAUUUGUGGAAGGAAAAGGACCUACAUUUUGUACUGAAUAGUCGCCCGUUUUUUUUUCUUUAGGAGCUUUGAGUAGCUGAGUGAGUGACAAUGGAGAUGAAAAGAUGGUCCACAAGGUGGAAAACGAAAAGGUGGCUGUGGGACCCCACUCUAAUCACCAUCGUCACUAUCACUUUCCUUCUGCAAGCCGUCAAUGUCAAAGCAGCUGACCCAGUGGAUGUACUCAAGGCUCUGGACUUCCACAGCUCUCCGGAUGGCGUUCGUAAAGUCACGGGCUUCUGCGCUCACCGGAGAGGAUCUAAACCUGACAUAGCCUUCCGCGUAGGAAAACAGGCGCAGAUCAGCGCUCCCAGCAUGCAACUCUUUCCAGGAGGAGUGUUCCCAGAGGACUUCUCAGUGAUGUUCACCAUCAAGCCCAAGGCAGGCAGACAGUCUUUCCUGCUGUCUGUGUAUAAUGAGCAGGGGGUCCAGCAGCUGGGUGUGGAGGUGGGACGCUCCCCUGUCUUCCUGUACGAAGACCAACAUGGGAAACCUUCCCCAGAGGAUUACCCACUGUUCAGAUCCAUCAACCUCGCUGACGGCAAAUGGCAUCGCGUGGCAAUCAGUGUGGAGAAGAAGAGUGUGACCAUCAUUGUGGAUUGUAAGAAGAAGCUGAGCAGGCCACUGAAGAGGAGCGACGGGGCAGCCAUCAACACUGACGGCAUCACCGUGUUCGGAACCAGGAUUCUGGACGAAGAGGUCUUUGAGGGUGACAUCCAGCAGCUGCUGAUUGUGGCCGACCCGCGGGCAGCGUACGACUACUGUGAACACUACAGCCCCGACUGUGAAACGCCUCACCAGGAGCAGCCACAGGCACAGGAACCAGAGGAUGAGUACAAUUCAUACGACCUGGAGUACAGUGAGGUCUAUGACUACAGUGAAGGAGGAGUGGCCACUGAAACUGCCCCAACCGAAGGAGCACCUGCACGUGAGGCAGUUGCUGUGGAUGCAGCCGCUGUGGAUGGAGAAUACACAGCCUACGACUAUGGCACGGUGGACAGCGCUCAACCGGCUGAGAACCCUACAGACUCAACCUCUCCAAUCCUGAACUAUGACGAGGAAAUAGUUGAUGAUUACAUCACAGGCGUGGAGAAGGUUGGCGCCGACCCUACGGUUGCCGCAGAAACCGGCUCAGACACCAAAGGUCCCGACCCCGGCGAGAACUCGUAUGAUUUUAAGGAGUAUGAUCUGAAGGAAUACGGUGACACUAAGGAGAUCGAUAUGAAACAGACGUACGAGUAUGGGGAUUAUGGAGACUAUGACACUGGCGAGGCCAAACCCACCGCCUCUGUCUCGGCCUAUGAGGAUGAGUUUGGGCCCGGCAUACCCGCUGAGACCGAGACAGAGUCUAGUAUGGGAGGAGGAGGAUAUGGUGGUGAGAAGGGAGAGAAAGGAGAACCCGCCAUCAUUGAACCUGGGAUGCUGAUUGAAGGACCCCAAGGAGCCCCCGGCCAAGCUGGCCUCCCCGGCUCCCCAGGCUCACAGGGUUCCCCUGGCCCACACGGAGAUCAUGGUGACAGGGGUCCUCCAGGACGGGCUGGUAUUCCUGGUUCGGAUGGAGUUCCUGGUCCUCCAGGUACCAUCCUGAUGCUGCCAUUCCGUGCUGGUGGAGAGGCACAUAAGGGACCAGUGGUCUCAGCUCAGGAGGCCCAAGCCCAGGCCAUCCUUUCCCAAGCCAGGCUCACCAUGAGGGGUACCCCUGGGCCAAUGGGAAUGUCAGGAAGAUCUGGGCCUGCGGGUGGACCAGGAGCUAACGGACUGAAGGGAGAUGGAGGAGACAACGGACCUCAGGGUCCCAGAGGUCUGCAGGGUCCAACUGGCCCACCUGGGAAGGCAGGAAAGAGGGGCCGUAAUGGAGCUGAUGGUUCCAGGGGUAUGCCAGGAGAGUCGGGGGGUAAGGGGGACCGAGGAUUCGACGGGUUACCAGGUCUCCCCGGAGAGAAGGGACACAGGGGUGAGCUGGGUUCCAUCGGCUCUCCAGGUGCUCCAGGAGAGGAUGGGCAGAGAGGCGAGGACGGUGAGAUCGGACAACGUGGUCUGGCAGGAGAAAGCGGACCUAGAGGUCUGCUUGGCCCUAGGGGAUCACCAGGGACUGGUGGACAACGUGGUCUCGCUGGACUAGAUGGCCAAGCUGGUCCCAAAGGAAACCAGGGCCCACAAGGAGAGUCGGGGCCUGCCGGACAGCAGGGGAUCCCUGGAUCACAAGGUCUUGUUGGUCCUCAAGGCCCGAUCGGACCGCCUGGUGACAAAGGACCGUCAGGUCGUCAGGGAUUGGCUGGUCUGGCUGGUGCCGACGGUCCUCCCGGUCACCCAGGGAAGGAGGGUCCUCCGGGAAUGAAAGGAGGCGUCGGUCAUCCUGGACCUCCGGGUUCUCUUGGCUACCCUGGCCCUCGCGGUGUCAAGGGUGCUGAGGGCGUCAGAGGUCUUAAAGGCGGUGGAGGAGAAAAGGGAGAGGAUGGUUUUCCAGGUUUCAAGGGUGACAUGGGCAUCAAGGGAGACAAGGGAGAGCUCGGUGUCCUAGGAACCAGAGGUGAAGACGGACCUGAGGGACCCAAAGGUCGUUCCGGCCCCAACGGAGAGGCUGGCCCCAUCGGGUCGGCUGGAGAGAAGGGUAAACUUGGUGUCCCCGGGUUACCUGGUUACCCAGGAAGACAAGGACCCAAGGGCUCCAGUGGCUUCCCUGGAUUCCUCGGCUCCAACGGAGAGAAAGGAGGAAGGGGUAUCGCUGGUAAAUCUGGACCCAGAGGACAACGUGGCCCAACGGGUCCCCGUGGUGGAAGAGGUGCCAGAGGACCAACUGGAAAGCCAGGUGCUAAGGGAACAUCAGGCAACGACGGACCUCCCGGUGGACCAGGAGAGAGAGGACCUCAAGGACCCCAGGGGCCAGUCGGCUUCCCAGGUCCUAAGGGCCCAAACGGGCCCCCUGGUAAAGACGGAAUGCCUGGUCACCCUGGGCAGAGAGGAGAGACAGGUUUCCAGGGAAAGACUGGCCCACCUGGGCCUGGAGGUGUUGUAGGACCUCAGGGACCAACGGGAGAGACCGGCGGCAUCGGAGAGAGAGGACACCCUGGUUCCCCUGGACCCCCCGGAGAGCAAGGUUUACCUGGAGCUGCUGGAAAAGAAGGAGGAAAGGGUGACCCAGGUCCAAUGGGUACGUCUGGGAAGGUUGGCCCAGCCGGGCUCCGGGGCUUCGCUGGACAGAGAGGUCUUCCUGGGGCUAAUGGUCCAGCUGGUUUGAAGGGAGGCGAAGGACCACAGGGUGCCCAAGGCCCCGUCGGUUCUCCUGGAGAACGAGGUGCUGCCGGUCCUGGAGGUCCCAUCGGUCUAUCAGGACGCACUGGACCCCAGGGAGGCCCGGGUCCAGCCGGAGAGAAGGGGGGCCCGGGAGAGAAAGGUCCCAUGGGACCAGCUGGUCGUGACGGUAUCCAAGGUCCAGUUGGUCUUCCUGGCCCUGCAGGUCCCCAGGGGCCCCCUGGAGAGGACGGAGACAAGGGAGAGGUUGGUGAGCCUGGCCAGAAAGGAAGCAAAGCAGACAAGGGAGAACAGGGACCUCCUGGUCCAGGAGGUCUUCAAGGUGUCAUCGGAGCUCCUGGUCCUGCUGGUACUGAUGGUGAGUCAGGACCCAGGGGUCAGCAGGGUAUGUUUGGCCAGAAGGGAGACGAAGGAUCCAGAGGAUUCCCUGGGCUACCUGGGCCCAUUGGACUGCAGGGCCUGCCUGGUACAUCAGGAGAGAAGGGAGAGAACGGGGACGUCGGCCCAAUGGGUCCGCCUGGUCCUCCAGGUCCCAGAGGUCCCCAGGGUUCUAGCGGAGCUGACGGUGCCCAAGGCCCUCCUGGUGGAGUGGGUUCUAUGGGAGGUAAUGGAGAAAAGGGAGAGAGCGGUGAAGCCGGCAACCCGGGACCAUCUGGAGAGCCCGGUGGUGGAGGCCCCAGAGGAGAGACAGGGGAGAAGGGAGAGUCAGGACCACCUGGAGCUGCUGGACCUGCAGGGGCCCGCGGACCCGGAGGAGACGACGGCCCCAAAGGCAACCCUGGUCCCGUAGGCUUCCCUGGAGACCCUGGUCCCCCUGGAGAGCCUGGAGUUGGUGGAUUGGAUGGCUUGGCUGGAGACAAGGGAGAUGACGGCGAGGCCGGUCAGCCUGGUCCAUCUGGUCCUUCUGGAGAAGCCGGGCCUCCAGGACCCCCCGGCAAGAGGGGACCCAUUGGACCAGCCGGUACUGAGGGAAGACAAGGAGAGAAGGGAUCUAAGGGUGAGGCUGGAGCCGAGGGGCCUGAUGGUCAGACUGGACCUGUCGGACCCCAGGGGCCCUCUGGUAAACCCGGACCCGAUGGCCUGCGUGGAAUCCCCGGCCCUGUUGGUGAACAAGGACUUCCGGGUGCCUCUGGAAUGGACGGACCCCCUGGACCUCUGGGACCCCCUGGUCUCGCUGGUCUGAAAGGAACUCCUGGGGGCAAAGGAGAAAAGGGUCACCCAGGUCUGAUUGGUCUGAUUGGGCCGCCUGGUGAGUUCGGAGAGAAGGGAGACAGAGGCCUGCCUGGACCCCAGGGAACUGGUGGAGGCAAAGGAGACACUGGUGUUGGUGGUCCUGCCGGUCCCCUUGGUCCUCCCGGACCCCCUGGUAUUCCUGGACCUGUGGGCUCUAAGGGGUCCAAGGGAUCGUCAGGUGGAGCUGGCCAGAAAGGAGACACUGGUGUGAUUGGACCACCCGGAGCUCCUGGUCCUCCUGGUGACAUCAUCCAGCCGCUGCCCAUCCAGCAGGCGAGCAGGAAGAACAGACGGCAGGCGGAGGACGACGGCGUGCAGGGCGACGAGGCGGGAGGCAUGGCAGACUACGGCAUGGAGACCACAGUGGACGUGGAGGACGUGUUCGGGUCCCUGAAUAACUUGAAGCAGGACAUCGAGAGGAUGAAGUUCCCCAUGGGAACCCAGGACAACCCUGCCAGGACCUGUAACGACCUGCACCUCAGCCAGCCUGACUUCCCUAACGGUGAAUACUGGAUCGAUCCUAACCAGGGCUGUACUGGAGACUCCUUCAAGGUCUACUGUAACUUCACCGCUGGAGGAGAGACCUGUAUCUACGCCGACAAGAAGUCCGCUGGCGUCAGAAUAUCUAACUGGCCAAAAGAGGCUCCAGGAUCAUGGUUCAGUGAAUUCAAACGUGGAAAAAUAUUGAACUAUGUGGACAUGGAGGAGAACACCAUCCAGACAGUCCAGAUGACCUUCCUGAAGCUGCUCAGCUCAUCAGCCCGUCAGAAUUUCACCUACAUCUGCCACCAGUCAGUAGCCUGGUACGAUGCCAAGGCAGACGGCUACGACAAGGCUCUACGCUUCCUGGGCUCCAACGACGAGGAGAUGUCCUAUGAUAACAACCCCUUCAUCAAGGCCCUGUCGGACGGAUGCUCGCUGAAGUCGGGCUACUCCAAGACGGUGAUGGAGAUCAACACUCCUCGCGUCGACCAAGUGCCCAUCAUCGACGUCAUGUUUAAUGACUUUGGCGACCCCAGCCAGCGGUUCGGGUUCGAGGUGGGCCCCGUCUGCUUCAUGGGCUAGGACCUGACCAUCCCCUGAACCCCUCUCUGCCCUACCCCCUACAGAACAACACCCCCCCCCCCCCCCCUCUGCCCUACCCCCUAUAGAACAACAUGCCCCCCUCCUCUUCCCUACCCCCUAUAGCACAACAUGCCCCCCCUCUGCCCUGUCAUAGAAGCAUUGUCCCAGGGGAAUACUCCUCGCCCUUGUAGGGCCAAUCACAUAAUGACUUUAACUUGUAACGAGAGGAAGUGACAUCAGGAAUAAAGGACGUUUGAUGCCGUGGGCGGACAGUGGCACACUUUCAGCAAACAGAGAGGAGGACCCACUCGCCCCAACCCUCAAAACCUCCUUUUCUCUCCCUCGUCUCCCCUCUCCUCACCCUUUACCUUGAUUAGAGGGAGGAUCCACUCACCCCACCCAAGCCCCCUUUCCACCCCUCAUCUCACCCCUCGUCCUUACCCCUUUUCCCUCCAACCACUCUUCCUACCCUGUCUCGUCCCUCCCCCAGCCCAGUCUCCCUGUCUGGUAGCUCCAGUCUCCUCGCCCCUCCUCCAGCCCAGCCUCCCUGUCUGGUAGCUCCAGUCCCCUCGUCCCUCCCCCAGCCCAGCCUCCCUGUCUGGUAGCUCCAGUCUCCUCGUCCCUCCCCCAGCCCAGCCUCCCUGUCUGGUAGCUCCAGUCUCCUCGUCCCUCCCCCAGCCCAUCCUCCCUGUCUGGUAGCUCCAGUCUCCUCGUCCCUCCCCCAGCCCAGCCUCCCUGUCUGGUAGCUCCAGUCUCCUCGUCCCUCCCCCAUCUUCCCUGUCUGGUAGCUCCAGUCUCCUCGUCCCUCCCCCAGCCCAGCCUCCCUGUCUGGUAGCUCCAGUCUCCUCGUCCCUCCCCCAGCCCAGCCUCCCUGUCUGGUAGCUCCAGUCUCCUCGUCCCUCCCCCAGCCCAGCCUCCCUGUCUGGUAGUUCCAGUCUCCUCGUCCCUCCCCCAGCUUCCCUGUCUGGUAGCUCCAGUCUCCUCGUCCCUCCCCCAGCCCAGCCUCCCUGUCUGGUAGUUCCAGUCUCCUCGUCCCUCCGCCAGCCCAGCCUCCCUGUCUGAUAGCUCCAGUCUCCUCGUCCCUCCCCCAGCCCAGCCUCCCUGUCUGGUAGUUCCAGUCUCCUCGUCCCUCCCCCAGCCCAGCCUCCCUGUCUGGUAGCUCCAGUCUCCUCGUCCCUGCCCCAGCUUCCCUGUCUGGUAGCUCCAGUCUCCUCGUCCCUCCCCCAGCUUCCCUGUCUGGUAGCUCCAGUCUCCUCGUCCCUCCCCCAGCCCAGCCUCCCUGUCUGGUAGCUCCAGUCUCCUCGUCCCUCCCCCAACCCAGCCUCCCUGUCUGGUAGUUCCAGUCUCCUCGUCCCUCCGCCAGCCCAGCCUCCCUGUCUGGUAGCUCCAGUCUCCUCGUCCCUCCCCCAGCCCAGCCUCCCUGUCUGGUAGUUCCAGUCUCCUCGUCCCUCCCCCAGCCCAGCCUCCCUGUCUGGUAGCUCCAGUCUCCUCGUCCCUCCCCCAGCUUCCCUGUCUGGUAGCUCCAGUCUCCUCGUCCCUCCCCCAGCUUCCCUGUCUGGUAGCUCCAGUCUCCUCGUCCCUCCCCCAGCUUCCCUGUCUGGUAGCUCCAGUCUCCUCGUCCCUCCCCCAGCUUCCCUGUCUGGUAGCUCCAGUCUCCUCGUCCCUCCCCCAGCCCAGCCUCCGUGGCUCCAGUGUUGCUCCAGAUACAACCACAGAGGUGCUUUUGUGCGGAACACAGAACACCAGAGGUGCUACAAAAAAAAAGUGAAUUUUGCAAAAAAAAACUGUAAUUAUUAUUAUUUUUAUUUUGUACAAUACUGUUCUCUUUCUGAAUCCACUCUUCAAAAAAAAGAAACUUGCAUGUGUACCAAAGCUCUUACUAUUAAUGUUUUAAUAAAUGUUGGUUUUAAACUAUAUAGAAAAUAAAUUUGCAAUAAAGAUAUUUGUUUGUGUUAAAUAUCUGUUGAGAAACGAAUGGGUAAGUAAUACUAGGUUGUUGUGUUUGGGAUACAGUGUAAUAUCAGCAAUACAAAUAAUUAUGAAGAAUCUCCUUUGUAAAUAUUGACCAUUAUAAAGCACUUACAACAUUAUUCUCCCCUUCCAAGACUAUAAUCUACAGUAAAACAUGAUGUACAUAGUAGGCCUAUAUACAGUAAAGGGUUAUGUACAUAGUAGGCCUAUAUACAGUAAGGGUUACUAAACCCUAAACUGGACUACAACCACCUUAAACCAUUUUGUCUUAUAACUAACUGACUUGUGUUAUUGUUUUCAACUAUUACUUCCUGGUUUUGAUUAUUUGUGCCCACUAAAUCAGGAAUGUAAGAUUGCAGAGUAAUUUAAAAAUGAGUAAUGUGAAAAUGUCCACAAAGCCAGUUUACAUAUUGCACUCGACAAGCUUCUUAUGCCAGAUAGAUUUUUAUCCCACAGAAUGGUAUACCUCAAUCGCUCUAUGUACAUUAAUGUUGAGAUGCUAUAGGAUCGAUAAGAAACCCUGUAUAUACCUUGAUUUGUACAAUUGAGUUAAUAUAUUUGGGCUGGUGGAAUUCUUUUUUUUAAAGCAAAAGAAAAAUAACUUCUCGUCUAUUUCCUAACAGUUUUGUGAAUGAUGCCAAAUAAAUUAGACCGUUUCUGUUACAGUAAUGAGGAAGUGUUUUCAUGUGCUUUUGAUGGUUGAUUCAUAUUAAAACUGGAUUCUGAACAAA